AUGCUGGUGACCUAUUUGGAAGCCAGGCGGGACCUUUGCGAGACGGGCUCAAUUCUUUUUGGCGCCGCACUGGCAAUAUGCCGUAUUAUUGGCGCCAAACUUCCCAUGGCUGGACGUGCUACUCAACAAGGUAGCGCCAUCCCAGCCUGGAGAAAAAGAAUCGAGUACCGUAUCGCAAAGGCAAGGGCCCUUAUCGGCAGACUGACAAGCUUCAGUUCGGGUAAUAAUAGACCGAGAGUUGUGCGCACCGUUAGAAUAACGUUUGCUGGGACAAAUAUUAGUUUGUCCCAGCCGGAUAUCACGCAGAAACUAACGGAGCGUAUAGAUGACCUGAAGCAAAAAAUCGCUGCUUGGAGGAAGCGGAUUCGACGAUUUAGCGAGAGGUCAAGGCGGUUCAACCAGAAUCGUCUCUUCAGAGUGAUCAGAAGAGGCUCUAUAAAUCAUUGGAGCGACCAGAGGUAUGUGGAGCGGGCCCAGGACCGGAUCAGGCUGACACUGUCGCAUUUUGGCGUGGCCUGUGGUCAGAGUCCGUAA